AUGCUUUCCGCCGCGAAUGGAGGCUAUGUUGGUGUCGACCUCGAUGAACUCGGCCCCGAAAGUGUCGGUACUCGCGCCAAUCGUUCCAACUAUCUAUCCGCCACAAGCUCGCUCAAUCAUCAUGUGCGAACGCGCACAGGCAAAGUGACAUCCGAGAUCUCGUCGUGCUUGCAGCAAGUCUUGUCGCGAGAAUUUUGGCAACAAGCCAUUCCGAGAUCUAAAGCCUUCUUCCGCGAAGCCUUUUCCGAUCUCAAAGCCGUUUACCAGGCCGGUUGUAAAACCCUCGCUUGCGUCAGGUGGCGCCAUAUUGCAUGGCGAUUCAUUACCCUGGUUUGCCCACUCCUCUUCAUCGUCAUCACCGCCGCCAUCCUACCUAUCAUUUCGUCGCCUUCGCUUUAUCAGGUCCGCGACGCUUGCCGGCCGGAUAGCGGUUUCUAUGUCGGGUUUCAGGACUAUGACAUUUGGGAACUCUCAGGCCUCUUUCAGAUCACCUUGGGCUUCGGCAACUUCUCGUUCUCGACGGCCAAAAUAAUCGAUGUCGGCUGGGAUAUCAUCCUCGGCCGCGGCGGUCAGGCGCUUCUCGCCGCUAUCGCCUUCGCCGUCUAUUCGAAGGCUCUGGUACGGUCCAUGGAGUCGUCCCCAGUAUCUUACGGCACUUUCGAAGCCGUCACGCUGCAAAGCGGCUCACUUACUGCUAAUUUCAAGCUGGCAAGGGAUCUCUUAAAGAACAAGACUGCUCAGGCCAGGGCAGCUGUCGUGUGGAUGAUAACCAGUGCUUGCUUUGUCCUGGCCUUCCCAACGAUCCUGAGCGCAAUGACUGGUUACUCCGUGAACAUUGGGUCUUUUGUGCAAGUCGACGACGGCAACUUGGUGCAGUACAGUAAUUUCACCCUGAUCAGGUACAUCGUACAUGAUGCACACAGAAUCGAUCAAACACUCGGAAAGGACUAUAAGGUGACAACGGGCAGGACUCCUUAUGGAGACAUCUCCCAGUUGGGAGAGUCCUCCUACUCAGAUUAUUGCACCAGUACCGCCUGGCCCCAUGAGGAUAUGCAUGGCGCUCUGGACUGGGGAUACACUGCCCGCGUGCCAAUGUGCGAUUUCUACUGGCACGUCUCCGAGUAUGCCUACCAUUACGGCUUCUUGGGCGAGGUCCAGGCAGGUACCACGUUCAAUUACAGUGGUCGACUCGUCAACCUGACUACACCGAGUCUGACCAUCACCCCUAUUUUCUGGAAACAAGAUUGGAUUUCGGUAGAAAGCUCAAACGGCAGCGACUGGUGGUACUGGCCUUUUGGAUACUACUGGAAGAGCGCAGACGGCGACGAGCCCUUCCACAAUUUCACCGACCCAAUCUUCACCAACGGAGAGUACACGUACAAACUCGACGAACUGAACGUCCGUGGUCGUUGUCAGCCAGCCGGUCAAAGCUAUAAAUGGGGGUUCUCCUUCUUGGCCCUCUUCUCCUCCCUCAUCGUCUUCCUGGUCUGGUGUGUGGGCAUGUAUGCCUUGUGGCUGGAUGCGUUCCUGCACUCACGGUUCGACCGAGUUGGGCGGUCAAUGGGCCUGCAGCGGGCGGUCUUGGACCUCGCAUAUUGUAUGCAGAGAGACGUUGACGAGGCGGGCCGCGACAUGCUCUCAAACGCCGAACUCCACAGCAGCAUCCGUCAAGACCUCAAGGGCGGGCGCAUCACGUACGAGAUGCUCGAGCCCAAACUCCUUCCACUCUGUCGUGCCGCCGAGUGGCGUCUCAAGUGGCGUCUCGCGUGGCGCGGCAAGUGGCGUGAAAGCAGCCGGGACUGGCUCCUUAGGAGGAACAAGUGGCUGUGUGGGCUCUUUGUCGGGUCUUUCGGCUUCCUGGUUGCUGCCCUGGCUGGGGCGCCCGUCCCGUUGUCCACGGCGAUGCUUCUCGCAUUCGGAUCUGGUGUAGUCGUGAGUACGGACGAAGGCCACAAGAGUCGGUGGCUGUUUUUCCUCCUGUGUCUCAUUCUUGCCGUUGGGCUGGCCCCGAUAGGGCCUUAUACGUAA